AAAAUCAAAACAUCCAAAAUUGAAGCUAUUCGCAAGUACCACUCACAACGUUCUAUUAACGUUCUACUGCCAACGUUCUACCAACAUUCUACUACCAACGUUUUACUACCAAUAUUCUCCUACCAAUACUCUUCUACCAACGUUCUACUACCAACGUUUGUACUACCAACAUUCUACUAUCAACGUUCGACUACCAACGUUCUACCACCAACAACACCACCAACACCACCACGCCUGUUCUACCACCUUAUUCUGCAAUGUCUUCUACUACCUCCGACGAUUGUGGGCCCGCUCCUGCUGAAGCUAUCUACCCUGAUCUUACUACUGCGUUUACUGCUAUCCAAGAGCACGCAAAAGCCAACGGUUAUGCCUUCUACAGACACGACAGGAAGCCCAAUAGAGCUGUCUUUCGCUGCGACCGCGCCGGUAAAUACGACUCCAAGGGCAAGAACCCCAAUACGGAUCCCUCAAAACAGCGAUCCAGUAGUGGCUCCAAGAAGUGCGGCUGUAAGAUGGGUGUUGAGUUGCGCCUAGAUCACAUAUCGGGCAAUUGGAGUCUCAAGGUACUUGAGGCUACACACAAUCACCCGAGAUCAGCAGAUCCCAAGGUCCAUCCUGCCCACCGAAUUGCGGCUCUGGCGCCACACAUCCAUACCGUAAUCUGUGCCCUAGGACGCGCUGGCCUGUCGACGAGGCAGAUCGUGUCGACGCUCCAGAAGGAGUUUCCAGAGGCCUUGUUGACGCCAAAGGACGUGUCAAAUAUAGUCCAAAAGGCAAAGCUUAAAGACCGAGAGGACAAGAAGACUUCAACAUGAUAGCGAGUGGAGUUGGAGGUAGUAUUACCUAUCUAGUCCCUUCCAAUUCCCCCUUUUAUUUACCUGCCUUCCUACCUACGUACCUAAGGUACCUCCUAACUAAUUACCUACUACAGGAGCUUCAAAGUAGAGACUUUUAACCCUCGAUUCUCCCACACCACAUGUCUAUUAUAUAUAGAGAUGGGUAAUUAAUUACCUACCUACCUACCUAUCCAUUCACAGUAGGUAGCGAACUAUCUCCACGGUAGAUCAUACAACAACCCCCCCCAUAGCUGAGGUUUGGACAGCAACAAGGGGAGAAACAAUCCCAAAACCCUAGCUGCACGUGCAGAACCACCGCGCCGCUGGAAUUCGAC